CAGAACGUGGCUCACAGAGUGAUUGUGGUUUCCCCCGCAGGGACACGGCGAAGUCAAGAGGUUCUGGAAAUGACAGAAGAGUCACACUUGCCCCUUCUGUGUUAUCAUGAGAAAGGGAUUUACGAGAGGAAAACAGAAGGGGCAUGAGAGAGGGAUCAAGAGAGGAAAAGGAAUAAGGAGAUAUAUAUAUAUAUUCACAUUAAAUUAUAUUUUUCCAUAAUGAGUUGGCUAGGAAAGACUGGUACCCAGGCUACAGUGACUGGUAUUGUGAAAGACAAAAUGGAGUAAGCAACUGCAACUACUUUAUUUUUGUUGUUGAUAUUGUCCAUUGUCUCCUUUUGGGUUGGUGGGACAAAUGAUAUGAAGAAGUGUAAGACAGCCUUCAAUGCCUGUCAUUUUAUGCAUUACCAGAACUUUUCAGACAUGAGUUGUAUGCAUUUCCCGAGUGGGCUCCCGAGUGGCGCAGUGGUCUAAGGAACUGCAUCUCAGUACUAUGAGGCUUAACUACAGACACUCUGGUUCGAUUCCAGGCUGUAUCACAACCGGCAGUGAGUUCCAUAUGGAAUUGUCUGGGUUUGGCUGGUGUAGCUGGCCUUCGUUGUAAAUAAGAAUUUGUUCUUAACUGACUUGCCUAGUUAAAUAAAGGUUCGGUAAAUGUAAUUGUAGAAGAGCCAUGCAUUAAACAUGUGGGGAUUUAACAUGCAAGUCUGCUAUUAAUGUUUAAAAAAAAUACUAUUAUAUGAUUAAAUCAAACAUAUCAAUGAAACUAUUUUAAACAAAUGUUCACAGCUGAUACAUUCGACACCAAGCGCUAUCAACACAGGGCAGGGGGAGUGAUACAAAGCUUGUUUGACAGUUUUACAUGUUUAAUGCCUUCAAACUUAUGUUUUUUUUUUGCUGAUUUUUAUCGUAAAAGUCAUAUUAUGACAAGAAGUCAGAAGGACCGGUUUGUCUACAGUAAUUGUACUGGUUCAAGCUACGGGACAGAUCAUGUAAUGACGUAAUCUGGUGUAAGUGGAGCUACAUUUUGAGUUGGUCACCUACCUGCAAAUUCAGCGCGAUACCAGCUAAUAGCUAGCUAACCUUAGCUAGUUAUCCAGCCAAUUAAAGCAAUGCCUUGAUGACAGCAGUUAGCUAGCUAACAACAGAGACCUAGCUGCUAGUUUAGCUAGGAAUAGUUGCUCAUGGCAAACGUGAAUUUCCGACAUGUGGUGCACGUAGCACGUAUUUGUACAUUUAUACGACUUGCAUAAAUUGAUGCUUCACCUCUGGGCGAGCAAACCCCCGAAACACAGUCGGCCACGAAUGGAACCAGGGAGCUCGCGUGAAAGUCCAUUCGGUUCCGGGGGUCCCGAUCCGUCGGACAUACGCGAGGAGACCCCCGGCGAAGAGGCUGAGGAUGGGGACAACAGCAUCCUGAGAGAAGGGGGAGGGAACGAAAACACUCUGGACAACAUGAAAACAGAAUGUGAGGAUGAUGAUGACACUGGGAAAAAUGUUGAUGCUGCAAAUGAAGAAGGCAAAUAUGAAGAGGAAUUGGAUCCUAGAAUUCAGGAGGAGCUAGAGCACCUCAAUCAGGCCAGUGAUGAAAUCAACAAGCUGGAACUGAAACUGGAUGAUGCUAGGUCCAGCUACAGGAGGAUCCUCAGUGACUCAGCCAGGAAGCUCAAUGCUCAGGGCUCCCAGCUAGGGACCUGCAUUGAGAAGGCCAGGCCCUACUACGAAGCCCGCAGACUAGCCAAAGAGGCCCAGCAGGAGACGCAGAAGGCAGCGUUGCGGUACGAGAGAGCCGUCUCCAUGCAUACGGCUGCCAGGGAGAUGGUGUACGUGGCAGAGCAGGGGCUCCUGGCAGACAGGAACACUCUGGACCCCACCUGGCAGGAGAUGCUCAACCACGCCACCUCCAAGGUUAACGAGGCAGAGGAGGAGCGGCUGCGGAGUGAGAGGGAGCACCAGCGGGUCACUCAGCUGUGCCAGGAGGCAGAACAACGUGUCCAGACCCUCCAGAAAUCCCUCAAGAGGUUCAUCAUCAAGUCCAAACCUUAUUUCGAGCUCAAGGCUCAGUUCAACCACCUACUAGAGGAGCACAAGGCAAAGGUGGUGCAGCUGGAAGAACGCGUUGCAAGAGUAAAAAUGCGCUACUCCGUCGCCCUGCGCAACCUUGAGCAAAUCAGCGAGCAGAUCCAUGCCCAGAGGGGGCGUGUCCGAGCCACCAGGGCCCGCCCCGUAGCCUGCGGUGGGCGGAGCUCCCCAGUGGGGGCGGAGGCUGAGGUCAAAGCUGCGGUCGGGGUUCAGGUUGGAGGAGCAUGUGGCGGAGGAGGAGGGUUGGAGGAGAAGGACUGGGCUGAUGGAGAGAAGACCAGGCAGUGGGUGGAGAGACACAGAGAGCAGGGCUGGGGUCACAGGGAGAGGGGGGAGGCAGGGUCAGACUCCAUGUCUGUCAUCAGCCUCCAGACCAUCGCCUCGGACCUGGAGAAGUGCGACUCGGUGGGGCACCUGGGGGACCUGAGUGACGUGAGCAGCCUGAUGGGAGAGGACUGGGAGAGGCACCGGUCCCUGAUGGCUGAGAACAGAGAUAGGAACCCAAGGGCAGAGGAGAGAGUUGUGAGGGAGGUGGACAUCCCUGCUCCAAGGCAGGAUAGAUUGGAGGUGGUGAGGGGGACGAGAGGGAGACAGGAGAGCUUUGUCAAGCAGCACCACAGAAGCGUGAGUUUGUGAGACCAGAAUAGAAGGCACUGUGUGAUGAAUGAUCAGAUAAAGGAAUGAAAAUCAAGAGAGAGCAAAGAAUACAGAUGGCGAUUGUGGAAAUUCUGUUUGAGGGAUUGAAAUGUAGAACACUGACAAUGAGUCCCAAAUAGAACCCUAUUCCCUACAUAGUGCACUACUUUUGACCGGGGCCUAUAGGGAAUAGGUUGCAAUUUGGCACACAACCCUGCAUCACUGUGACACUGCAGAGGGGAGUACCAGGGAAGUGGAGGGUGGCUGGUACGUCAUGCACACAGAGAGAGAAGAAGUGGUGUCAGGCGAUUCACUAGGUCCUUGUGGGACUCUAAUCCGUCUAUUGUUCAACACCAGUAAGAUAUCAGUGACCUGAGGUAAAGCUAGUCUUAACACAGUACUGUGUGUAAAUACAGAGACAAUAGAUAACAUACUCAUAACUUUACUUACAGUUUCACACACAGCUGAACGUUUUAAGCAACAAAGUUUAUUUCCAUAUUUAAUGCACUACUUUUGGGGCGGCAGGGUAGCCUAGUGGUUAGAGAGUUGGACUAGUAACCGGAGCUGACAAGGUACAAAUCUGUCGUUCUGCCCCUGAACAGGCAGUUAACCCACCAUUCCUAGGCCGUCAAUGAAAAUAAGAAUUUGUUCUUAACUGACUUGUCUAGUUAAAUAAAGGUAAAAUAAAAGAUUAUCAAUAUCGAUAUUGACAUUAGUCCCUUAAAAAAGCCCUUUGUGCUUUUUUCCCCAAAUUGAUUGAAUUACCACAGAAUUCGGUUUCCGCUCGUCCUUGGAAUGAACCAAAGGUGUUCUCUCUCUCUCCCUCUUGAGUAAAAAUAGGUUUUUAAAACAUUUUAAUUUAGUUAUUAGACCUGUUUUGUGUUUUUACCCCCAGUAGAAUGUUCUGGAAAUGUUCCCAGCACCUCGAGGGCCAACCACUCCCUCAGACAUCAGACUGUAGAGACUGUCUCUGUCACUCACAUUGACCUAACACUUCUCUGACCUUUCACAAUCCUCCCUGCUUUCUGUCGUGAAGAAAAACAUUUGUCUGCUAUCCUGAUCUGACACAAGAACGUGUGUCCAAAAUGGGACCCUAUUCCAUAUGUAAUGCACUACUUUUGACAAGGGCACAUUUUUGGGUUCUGGUGAAAAAUAGUGCACUAUAUAGGGAAUAGGGGGACAUUUAGGACUCAUACAAGAUGUUACACUGCAUGAUGGGAAAUGGUUCUAAUUAACUAAUUUUUAGUAUUGCGUAAACUUUUUUGUUUUUGUUUUGAGGAACAUCAAAAAUAAGAUUUUUAAUUUUACUCAAAUGUAUUUUAAGUGCCUGUGAACCACCCUAAUUUUUAUUUUUUACAUAUUCUGAGAGUGUAAUGCCCCUUUAAUGUCUUUGAUGAUAUUUUUUGUAAUCAGGGAAUCCCAAUUCUAACCAUUAAUUAUUUAAUAUCUUAACUGUCUUCCUUUUUAAUAGUGAGACAAUUUUUUGUGAAGUUUUCAUUGUUUUAGAUUUAAAUACUUUACCAUAGUUAACAUUGUUGACAAAUGUACCUGCAUUUCACCUACUCAUAACGCCACUAAAUUGUGUUGUAGUGCAACGCCUGGGUGUAGUAGGUGGCUACGUUGUUUUUGUAUCGGGGUUUUCACUUCCUGGGGUUAUUUUUGAACCAGUUUCUUCUCUUGUUCAUUUUGUACCUGUUGACGGGUACCUUACCUUGAUUUUAUUGAUCUCACCAGACACGGACACUAAAUCACUACACUAGAGAGACACAGAGAAAGAGUUAGAGAGGGAGAGAGAGAGAGAGAGGGAGGGAGGGAGGUAGAGAGGGAGGGAGGUAGAGAGGGAGGGAGGGAGGGAGGGAGGGAGGUAGAGAGGGAAGGAAGAUAUGGUAUUUACUGUUAAUGUACUUUAAUGUUUUGUUCAUGUUAAACCAGUGCCAUUGAUUUGAAUAUUUUAAAGUGGAUUUGCACAUGAUUACUUGUGGAGUUUUGUUUUUCCCUUUUUACACUUCUUACCCCUUCGCCAUCCGUCGUUCACCCUCGUUACCUGGCUGUUCCCUCCUCUUAACCUGGUCAAUAUCACAUCCGUCGUUCACCCUCGUUACCUGGCUGUUCCCUCCUCUUAACCUGGUCGAUAUCACAUCCGUCGUUCACCCUCGUUACCUGGCUGUUCCCUCCUCUUAACCUGGUCAAUAUCACAUCCGUCGUUCACCCUCGUUACCUGGCUGUUCCCUCCUCUUAACCUGGUCAAUAUCACAUCCGUCGUUCACCCUCGUUACCUGGCUGUUCCCCCCUCUUAACCUGGUCAAUAUCACAUCCGUCGUUCACCCUCGUUACCUGGCUGUUCCCUCCUCUUAACCUGGUCAAUAUCACAUCCGUCGUUCACCCUCGUUACCUGGCUGUUCCCUCCUCUUAACCUGGUCAAUAUCACAUCCGUCGUUCACCCUCGUUACCUGGCUGUUCCCUCCUCUUAACCUGGUCAAUAUCACAUCCGUCGUUCACCCUCGUUACCUGGCUGUUCCCUCCUCUUAACCUGGUCAAUAUCACAUCCGUCGUUCACCCUCGUUACCUGGCUGUUCCCUCCUCUUAACCUGGUCGAUAUCACAUCCGUCGUUCACCCUCGUUACCUGGCUGUUCCCUCCUCUUAACCUGGUCGAUAUCACAUCCGUCGUUCACCCUCGUUACCUGGCUGUUCCCUCCUCUUAACCUGGUCAAUAUCACAUCCGUCGUUCACCCUCGUUACCUGGCUGUUCCCUCCUCUUAACCUGGUCAAUAUCACAUCCGUCGUUCACCCUCGUUACCUGGCUGUUCCCUCCUCUUAACCUGGUCAAUAUCACAUCCGUCGUUCACCCUCGUUACCUGGCUGUUCCCUCCUCUUAACCUGGUCAAUAUCACAUUUGCUGACUUGGGAUCAGUUUGUGGGUCACACCCGAAUGGCACCCUAUUCCCUAUAUAGUGCACUAGGGCCCAUAGGACCCUGGUCUAAAGUAGUGCACUAUGUAGGGAAUAGGGUGUGUGAAGUAUUAGUGGAAGAUCUUCUCAUUUGCCUGCUCCACUUGACACCGUGAUUUAUUUGUUCACGUAAAUGGAAUUGCAUCCCAAAUACAGCAGUAGUAUAUUCCCUACGUAGUGCACUACUUAUGCGCCCUCGUCAAAAGAAGUGCACUAUAUAGGGGAAUAUGAUGGCAUUUUAAAAUGUAGUGGAUGUUUUAAUAAUACUGAUGAUAUGAAUGUUAACUUAUUAAUCAUGUAUAUGUUAAUUUAUGGAAUGAUGCUGUUGCAACUAUUAAACUUUGAUUUAACACAA